CGGAGGGAGUAAUACAUUAGCUCCAACGUGUUUGGGACCUAAUUUAGUUUAUAUGUUUUUUGUGAAAACCAAACCACCAAAAACUCAACCUACGAAAGCCGGCUACUGCUGUUGAAGAAGAAACAACAAACACACACAAUGAUCAGCGUUCUUGCUCAGGAGCGAUUACUUGGUGCUGCGCUCGGAAGUGCCUUGACGGCUGUCGUCGUUUUCGAAAAUCGACGAAACAUCUACAAAACAAUUUCUGAGAACAAUGCUAAAUUCGACAAUCAUUCACAGGUGAAGAGGCCAAUUUUUGAAACAAAAUCAUUCGAAGUUGCACAUUUAUGGAACAAAGCUGUACAUAAGACUUUUGGGACUGUGAUUGCAUCUCUUAGUUCACGAGGGUGGUGAAAUUGCUGUAAUCUUUCUUUUGAUUGAACUACAUAAAAAGAAGAAGGAUGAUGUAUGCAGAAAUUAGCGUAUGUAUUCUUUCUGCAACUGUCUCAUUUUGUACCUUACUUGAGUGAAGGAAGCCACGCAGUUGGUUAUAUGUGAGGUUGACAUUCUUUGUAUGACUGACAUCGUAUCCAAGUUAAUAUUUUACCAUUACUGAA